AAUGUUAUCGAGAAAUGCAUUGUGGGAUUUCAAAAUGGAGCUGUUGCAACCGAAGUCAACCGUCAAGCCCUGUGUUAUGUAGCCGCCCGCUGUUGUUUUUCAGCGGAGUAAUCGCUUCUUUUUAACAUUUAACACACUCCUGUGACGGCGUACAACAUGGGGGUUUUGUGUUUCGCCAGGAGAGCGCUCACGUCCAGCGGCUGUCUCGGUGUUUACGCCAGAAAACACACCGGCCGGUAUUUGUGCGUGACAUUUUUCUCCGGUGUCGCACCUCCAGCGGGGACCCGUGUCAACAAGUACAGUCUGGACGCUAGAAGCACGCCGGGGCAGUUUGUGUGCUAUCACCUUCCUCACAGGACCCUGCUCAAAAUCCAGGGCCAGGACACGAGCCCGUUUCUUCAGGGGAUUAUAACCAAUGACAUGGGGCUGCUAGAGGAGGCUGGACUCAGAGCCAUGUACUCACACAUGCUAAAUGUCCAGGGUCGAACACUGUAUGACAUCAUGUUGUACAGUCUAAAAGAAGCUGGUGCUGGACACGGUGUUUUCGUCGAGUGUGACAGCACGAUGAAGGACUCACUCUUGAGACACUUGAAGGUGUACAAGAUACGCAGAAAGGUCGACAUUAACCCCUGUCCGAAGCUUUCUGUAUGGGCCGUGCUUCCCCAGCGAAACAACCCAGCUCAAGAGGCCAGUAAACCUGAGCUUUCCUCCCCAGAAAAAGCUCUGGUGUGGGAGGAGGAUCCUCGAACUCAGGAGAUGGGCUGGAGAUUGGUUUUAGACAAUCAAACUGACCCCUUGCAUAUUAUUCCAUUGUGCCAGAAAGGUGACACAGCUGAGUAUCACCGACAUCGCUAUGCAAUAGGACUUCCCGAGGGAGUGAAGGACCUUCCUCCCGGGGUGGCACUACCGCUAGAGUCAAAUCUCGUCUACAUGCAGGGCAUCAGCUUUAGCAAAGGCUGCUACAUUGGCCAGGAGCUCACAGCCAGGACUCAUCACACCGGGGUGGUUCGAAAACGCCUGAUGCCAGUGCGCUUGUCGUCUCCAGUCCAAGACCUCGAGGAAGGAGCCGCGCUGCAAACUCAGUCGGGCAAGCCAGCUGGGAAGCACCGAGCGGGGGUAGGAGAGCUGGGUCUGAGCCUAAUCCGCAUGGCUCACGCCAAAGAGGUGUUGACGCUCAAAUCUUCUGAUGACUCCACAGUGACACUUGAGGCCUCUGUGCCAGGCUGGUGGCCUAAGGAUGUAAAAACAAACUGAAGAGAAUGUUUUAUAGCUCCCUAAAAUGUGACAUACAUCCCAUCUGACAGACUUCUCGUAGACAGAACCCUGAAGUACAGUAUGUUACACUGUCAUUGCUUAACAGCUGUGAGGCACCAAUUCACAUUUGUGAGUAUUUUUGUUUUGAAUGUGAUUUUCCCCAAAUUUGAAAGUAUUAUUUACCACAUAAUUAUGCUAUUUAACAGAUCUAUUGCAGCAUUAUACAAUAGGAUCUACCAACUUUGAUUAUGGUAUCAGUGGUUGUUGAAUAAAUAUGCAAAGUGACGAGACAAAAA